CCGGCCCAUAGGUUUUUAUUCACAAUUCAUUGCUUCUUCUUUCCAGACUCACACAACUCUUUUGCGCUUUGUUCUUUGGGGAGUUUUCAGUUAGUUCUUCACAUUUUUCUAACUAGACUAGGUCUCUAGUAUUAAUUAAUGGAUUCUUCGGGUGGAUUAAGAUGGAGAAGAUUAGGAAGCCUUAAACCGAUCCAAACAAAAAAGGGUGCAGGAAAGAGCUACAAAAAAGCAGAAGAAGAUGAACAACCAUUGAGCCCAUCAGCAAGAUUGUUCCAUGAGCCUGAUUUCAAUGUUCAUGUCACGGCUAUCAUGGGGGGAGACUCCCCUAUUUGUCCCAGGUUAAUCAAAGAUAACCUGGUUCUCAGUAUCCAAAAACAUCCUCGCUUCUCCAGCUUGCAUGUAACGGAUGCGAAAACGGGAGAGAUGAAAUGGGUUCGAACAAAAGUAGAUAUAGAAAAGCACGUCCUGCUUCGAGACAUAACUCCUCUAGACUUGGAACAAUUCGGGUCACCCGAGAAAAUCCUCGAGGAAUACGUCUAUAAUCUCACCAAAUCUUCCCUCGACAAAUCCAAACCCUUAUGGGAGCUCCAUAUCCUCAACCUCGAAAGCUCCGAGAUUGGCCGGACUGGAGGGUUUGGAAUUUUCCGAAUCCACCAUUCUCUGGGAGACGGCACGUCCCUCAUGUCGCUUUUGCUAGCUUGCACCCGCCAGGUCGAUGACCCGGAAAAGCUACCCACAAUUCCGGGCCAAGAUAAAAAUAAGAAGAAAAUAUUGGAGAGUGCUACUACCAACAGGAGCACUCCUGGUAUUAAAUUGUUUGGGAUGAUUUGGGAAUGCGUGAAGAGGAUAUGGUUUUUGGUGGAAUUGAUGUGGAACACUUUGGUUGAUGUUGUCAUGUUCGGAGCUACUACCUUUUUCUUGAAGGAUACCGAUACGCCCAUCAAGGCUUUGCCGGGGUCGGAAUUCAGGCCCCGACGGAUUGUUUUCCGGGUUGUUAGCCUGGACGACAUGAAGUUGAUCAAGAACGUCAUGAAAAUGACGAUAAAUGACGUUGCAUUGGGAGUUACACAGGCUGGUUUGUCACGAUAUCUUAACAGGAGAUAUGCUGAAGAAAAGGGACAUGACAAUGGAGCAACAGAGAAAAACAACAAUUUGCCAAAGAAUAUCAGACUUAGAUCAACCCUUCUCAUCAACUUAAGGCCAUCUCCCGGGAUUCAGGCUUUGGCUGAUAUGAUGGAGAAAGACACAGAAGCAAAAUGGGGGAAUUGGAUUGGAUUUGUUUUGCUUCCAUUUAAGAUUGAAUUAAGAGAUGAUCCUUUGGAUUAUGUCAGAGAGGCUAAAUCCACCAUUGACAGGAAGAAACGUUCUCUUGAGGCUGUCUACACUUUCUCAAUUUCUGAGCUUGUCCUCAAGUUCCUUGGGAUCAAGGCAUCAAGUGCAUUAUCCCACAAAAUAAUCACCAGGACAACAAUGUGCUUCUCCAAUUUAGUUGGACCCCAAGAAGAAAUAGGGUUUUAUGGCCACAAAAUUUCUUAUCUGGCUUCUGGUUCCUAUGGUCAGCCCCAUGCAUUGAUGAUUAAUUAUCAAAGCUACGCGAGCAAGAUGUCGGUGGUACUGUCGGUUGAUGAAAGCGUGAUUCCAGACCCUCACCAACUGCUUGAUGAUAUUCAAGAAUCACUUCAGCUCAUCAAGGAUGCUGCAAUUGCUGCUAGCUAGUUAGCUAACUUGCUAUACGUACCUUAAGAUCGAUGAUCAAUUGUUCAAAGUUUAAUAAAUUUUAUGCUCAGUAAUUUCCAAAAUAGUUGCAUUAUAUAUGUAGGUCUUAGCCAUUUUAAUAAUCAUAUAUAAUGCAUUAGUUAUUUAAAUAUUCAAGAAUUGUUUAAUCAAUUUG